AUGGCAGCCAACAGAAAAGUCCCCCUCGCUGCGGUCCGCUACGUCAACUUCCACUCCGACGCGUAUACAGUCGCAAGACGAACCGACCCGAUCCCUCAACAGACAUGUGUCGGUGCUCCUUGUGCUCGAUAUCAGCCUGCCAAUAUCUUAUGCGAGAACAUAGGGAGCGACGGGAUGGGCGGGUUUCAGUGGAAGUGCGAAGCGGAUCUCCCAACUGGACUGAGAUUUGGCAAAGUGGACGUUAGCUGCGAAGGCUGGGAACGGCCUGGAGAUAGUAACAUCCUACACGGGUCCUGCGGGCUGACAUAUGACCUCGUGCGGAUAGAUGGCAGUCUAGAGCGGGAUGAUCCUCCCAUGUUACCUCGAAAGCCAAGCAAGCUAUUCGACAACGCCUUCAACCUCCUCUUUCUCGCCAUAUCCGGCAUCAUCCUCUACUCCCUUAUUCGUAAUGUCAUGAAGUCGGUCUAUCCCCGAUGGACCCCUCCUGCAUUAUUUGGGACUGGUGGUCCAGGUCCAGGGGGGCCGGGUGGGGGAGGUGGAGGUGGGCCUGGCGGAGGAUGGGGUCCAGGCGGCGGAGGAUGGCCAGGCGACUGCGACGACUCCCCUCAUCCACCCCCACCCUACUCCAAAGCCUCUUCCACCCCUCAGCCACUCCCUCAGCCCGGUCAGACCGGCUGGGCACCCGGCUUCUUCACAGGCCUAGCUGCAGGUGGGGUAGGGGCGUACCUCGCCAACCGGGCCCGAGGGACUCCCGCUCCGGCCGCCGCAGCUCCACAGAGAGAGCGCGAAAGAGGUGGAUGGGGAACAGGGACGACGCAAGGCGUCGCGGGUCCCGGACCGAGCACGGCCGCCAUGGCUCGGAAUAGGGGUAGCAGGGAUGGAGGGCUGUGGGGCAGUGAUAUGGGUGGGGGAAGUGGGGACAUGCGGCGCGCAACGGGGUUCGGCAGCUCGUCCGUACGGUAG